AUGUAUGCUGUUCUCCCCCUUCUCCUCUUGACAGCUUGCCUGCCCUCUGGAUGGAUGGUGGAGCAGAAGGCCCUGGAUGUCUACGUGCAGCAGCGUGACCCUCACUACAGCUACACCAUAAAGAAGAAGGAGGACAGCCCUGAUGUCACUGUCUAUACACUGAAGAUGACCUCACUGAAGUGGCUGGAUGAUUCUGAAGUGGACACAACAGUUUGGUGGCAUGAGCUGUUCAUUGUUAUGCCAAAAAACCAACAAAUGAAGGACUCAUGUUUGCUGAUGAUUGGGAAUGGAAGAAAUGAUGCUGUCUUUCAACCCGUGGACUUAAAUGUCAAUGAGGCCAUUAAUGCAGCAAAAUCUACUGGGUUCUGCACAGCUCUUGUGAGGCAGAUCCCAAACCAGCCAAUCACCUUCCGUAAACUCGUUAUGCACGAAUGCAAAAACAGCAUUGAAGAUUAUGCAGUUUUUUGUUCAUGGCGGAAGUUCAUUAUUGACAAGAGUGCAAAGCCAGAUGUCCUGAUUCAGUUCCCAAUGGUCAAGGCCACUGUGCGGGCCCUGGACACCAUAACAGAGCUCCUACAGAAAGAAUCUGAUGGAAAGGUGAACAUCAGAAGGUUCACACUGACAGGUGGUUCCAAGCGUGGCUGGACCAGCUGGCUCACAGCAGCUGUGGACAAAAGAGUUGUGUCAUUCUCCCCAAUUGUCUUUGAUCUUUUGAAUAUCAUUAAGAACUUGCAUCAUCAAUACCGAGCAUAUUGUGGCUGGACAUACGCAAUGUGGGCUAUAGAUGACCUGAAAAUAACUCACAAGUUAGACACUCCACAGUUGCAGAAAUUAACUUCAUAUGUUGAUCCACUUGCAUAUAAUGAUCGAUACUUAAACAAGCCCAAGUAUCUAAUAAUUGUAACAGGAGAUGAAUUCUUCCCUCUUGAUGACUCCCACUCUUUCUUUCAUCAGCUAGCAGGAGAGAAAUAUUUCUGGGCCAUCCCGAACUCUGAUCACUUGGUGACACUGGACCCAGGGACUAGAAUAUCUAUUGCAAAGUCACUUACAACCUUUUUUGUUAGCACCAUGUUGAAUCUGAAGAUGCCUAACAUUUCUUGGAAAAAGACUGAGACAAAUGCCACGGGCACUAUCUAUCUCUACACAGAUCAGGAGCCUUCAGCAGCUAAAUGCUUCUUUGCUAACACUUUGGGCUCCAAAAGGCGUGACUUCAGGCUAUUUAUGGGGCCUAGUUCUCCUGGUCUUCUUCAAGAUGUAUUUUGGUUUCCCUGUGGGGUUGAGAAAGUGGAAACGGGCGUCUAUAAGGCAGAAUUGGAAAAGCCACUUACAGGAUGGAAAGGUUUUCUUAUUGAGGUCACCUUCCCAGGGCCUGGGAACAAUGAUUAUGUAUUCACCUCGGAGGUUCACAUCAUCCCAGACACUUUUCCAUGUGAAGACUGCAAGGAAAUACAGUGCUAUGGGAAUGUGGUUUGA